UGCCGCUGUGGACGGUGUGGAUCGUGGCUGGGCCGGUUGUCCGUUUCUUCCCCUCCCCUACUUUCCUCCUCCCUCCCUCCCUUUCCCUUCCUUGGCGGCUGUCGCCCGGCGGUGGCUGACUCCUUGGCCCCUUCCUAACCCCUCGGACCUUGGUGCCACCGGAUUGGGCCUCGGUUUCUGUUGCCCGGCCCAGCCCCAGUGUAAGGGCGGAGUGUAAGGGGGUGGCUGUGGAGCCGGUGGCGCUGCAGCGGAGAGAAAGGACGACGACGACCCUCCGCUCCUCAGCCCGAUCCCCGCCGCCGCCGCAGCCGCCAUGGCAAUGAGGCAGACGCCGCUCACCUGCUCCGGCCACACGCGCCCCGUGGUCGAUUUGGCCUUCAGUGGCAUCACGCCCUAUGGGUAUUUCUUAAUCAGUGCUUGCAAAGAUGGAAAACCCAUGUUACGCCAGGGAGAUACAGGAGAUUGGAUUGGAACGUUUUUGGGUCAUAAAGGUGCUGUUUGGGGCGCAACACUAAAUAAGGAUGCCACCAGAGCAGCUACCGCCGCUGCAGAUUUCACAGCCAAAGUGUGGGAUGCUGUCUCAGGAGAUGAGUUGAUGACCUUGGCUCACAAACACAUUGUCAAGACUGUGGAUUUCACACAGGAUAGCAAUUACUUGUUAACUGGAGGACAAGAUAAACUGCUGCGCAUCUACGACUUAAACAAACCUGAAGCAGAACCUAAAGAAAUCAGUGGUCACACUUCGGGUAUUAAAAAGGCUCUGUGGUGCAGUGAGGAUAAACAGAUUCUUUCAGCUGAUGAUAAAACUGUUCGCCUUUGGGAUCAUGCUACUAUGACAGAAAUGAAAUCUCUGAACUUUAAUAUGUCUGUUAGUAGCAUGGAAUAUAUUCCAGAGGGAGAGAUCCUGGUUAUUACUUAUGGACGAUCUAUUGCUUUUCACAGUGCAGUAAGCUUGGACCCAAUUAAAUCUUUUGAAGCACCGGCAACCAUCAAUUCUGCAUCUCUUCAUCCUGAGAAAGAAUUUCUUGUUGCAGGUGGUGAAGAUUUUAAACUCUAUAAGUAUGAUUAUAAUAGUGGAGAAGAAUUAGAAUCCUACAAAGGACACUUUGGUCCCAUUCAUUGUGUGAGAUUCAGUCCUGAUGGAGAACUCUACGCCAGUGGUUCGGAGGACGGGACUCUGAGACUGUGGCAGACAGUGGUAGGAAAAACCUAUGGCCUUUGGAAAUGUGUGCUUCCGGAAGAAGAUAGUGGUGAGUUGGCAAAGCCAAAGAUCAAUUUUCCAGAGACAGCAGAAGAGGAGCUAGAAGAAAUCGCUUCAGAAAAUUCAGAUUCCAUCUAUUCUUCGACUCCUGAAGUUAAAGCCUGAGCAUCAAGCAUGUGCCACAGUUAGUAUAUCACGUAAGGACUAAAGGAGCGAGCAGAGGACAGCAUCCGCCUUCAGAGUUACUCUCUGCUUGAUGCCAACGAGCAGUCAACAAUGAGGAAUAUGAAUUGGCCUCUGUGCUGCUGCCGCUGACCUGCUGGAACCUGUGAGUGACAACUCUGCACCCGAGGAGCAGGGAAGCCGGCUCUUGUAAUGCGACAGCCUCUUGUCUUUUUAAUGAAUACGUGCAAGCCAACGUCCGAUUUGUGUCAUUACAAUUAAAUUUCUUGUAGCUUUUUUUGUUAUUAUGGAGGACAAAAAUAUAUUUUGCCUAUUUUUCUGACAUUUCCCUUAAAGCAGAAUGCCUUCUCUCUUUUUUUUUUUUUGUUUUUGUGCUUUAGUUGCAAAGAAGAGGGAAUACAUUAAAGCAAAUGGUUUGAUUUCUCUUGCAUUGUACACUGCUUCUGAACAUCCAAUUAUUUUUAGUUGUCUAAAAUAAAAUGCCUCUAAAGUGAAACAGUGUUUCCUUUCUUUGGGGAAAACUAAUAGGAAUUUUAUUAUAGUAACCAAAUAGUUACUAUGUGGAAUUGGAAUUUUAUAAAUGAAAAUAGCUAGAUAAUUUUUCUAUGUUAUAACUGUAGCAAAAGACAGUUUGAUUAUGGACUAUGGUAAACAUUGUUUUAAAAAGGUUUCCUAUAUUGUCAACACAGCAGAGGACAACUUGGUUAUAGAUGCUAGUAAGCAUUUCCUAAUUUUGAAAUUUGUUUGCUUAUACUUACUUUUUGGAACUUUCAUGUCCUUUGCUGGAGUUAUAUUUACCUUCUGCCCUUCCACACUAGUUAGAAAUGUAUGACUUACAUUUUAAAAUGGUGAGUCAUUUAAAUGAUGCUUGAUAGUUUUAAGAGAAAGUCAGUCAGAUACCUAGACUACCCACAUCCCCCGCCAAGUCUUGUAGACUUGAGUGCUCCUCAGUGUACAGUGGUCAUUUCUGUGUGUGGGCGGGUAGAUAUGAGUUUAAGAGGGUGGCAUAAGCUGGCAUGUCAUGUUUAACGUCUGUCAUUUUAUUUUACCUUAUCCUUUAAAGUUUGGGUAGCAUUCAAAAAAUUCUUUUUACUAACUCUUUAAUAAACUGGAUCAAUUAAA